AUGAACGCCAUUGACAACAAGGAAAGUUUGACGAGGAAAGAAUGGAUGGGGCACUAUGAUACCUGCUACAAGCUGUGCACUGGCACUGACCGACACGAGCUUGGCCUUUACAACUGCCUUCGCGCGAGCUUCGUGAAGCAGGUUGCCCACAUCAUCAACACGAAACUGGCUGAUCUGAAGGAUGUCUCGCUUCUGAAGAAGUACCUCGAGACCUUUGAGAUCUACCGCUCCUCUGCUCGUGCCAUCGCCAACACCUCUCAGAUUCUGGCUCGCUUUUGGAUUCCCUCACAGAGGGCGUCCAAGAAGGACGUGCGCGAGAUUGCACCGCUGUCGAUCUGGGUGUGGCGAGAGUACUGCUACAAGGCGCUGAAGGAGCAGCUCCUCUCAGCGCUCUUCUCGUACAUCGAACGCGACAGGAACGGCGCCAUGCUCGACAAGUCCCUCGUCAGGGACAUGAUCGAGAGUCUGAACGCGAUCGCACUCGACGACUCGCGCAAGUUCUACGAACAGGAGUUCGAGGCUCGUUUCCUCGAGGAGACCAAGGCGUACUACGUCAACGAGUCCACCAACUUCUUGUCCUCCAACAGCAUUUCGGACUACAUGACCAAGGCCGAAGAGCGCAUCAAAGAGGAGUCGAGCAACUGCGAGGCCUCCUACAAGGACACCCUGGCCAAGCUGGAGCAAGCGCUCAAUUUUGCAUUGAUCGAGAAUCACAUGGAAUCGCUCCAGGCGACCUUCAAGAGCAUGCUCACCGCCGACAGGCAGCAGGAUAUGACGCGAUUCUAUUUUUUGCUGUCGCGAGUGGCCAACGGACUCACCAACAGUGCCAAGACCUUCGAGGAGCACGUCGCCGCGCAGGGUGUGGCGAUCGUCAAGGAACAGGCCUCCAAGAAGACCGCCCAAGCUGCCAUGAAGUCUGCAAUCAGCUUCAUCCAACAGGUCACUAACGCCCAACACACCACCGGCGACCAGACGGCGGAGCUCUACACCAAAUAUUCGGCGCAGGUCGACCAGUGCUUCUUGAAGAACUCCAGCUUCAAGGAGGCCUUCGACAAGGCCUUCGUCACCAUCAUGAACCUGAGCGCGGGCAAAUUCACCACGCUGCUCAACUUCUAUCUCGACUACCUGCUCAAGGGCAAGGCCAAGAUCGCCGAAGAGGAAAAGGCCGCCCAGCUCGAGGACAUCGCGCGGCUGUUCUCGUACUUUCGAGACAAGGACGAGUUCGCAGAGUACGCCCGGCGCGGGCUGUGCAAGCGCCUGCUGGCGCGCGGGUCCGGUUUCGACGAAACGGCAGAGAAGAACUUCAUCUCCCUGCUCAAGGCCCAGUGCGGCAAUUCCUUCACUCGGCGCCUCCAGGGCAUGUUCACCGACGCCGAGGACGAGUCCAUCGCCCGGGUCAAGCAGCGGUUCCAGGAAUGGAAUGGCGACUCCGACAAGGUGCUGAACGACUCGUUCUGGCCGAUCUCGGGCGUCGAUAAGUUCCCCCUCCCCGGUCAGUCGUCCGAGUUCGUCGCGUCCGUCUCCAAGUUCGAAGAGUUCUACAAACACGAAACCGGCGGAUCGAAGCAGCUGCGCUGGUUGUACAACCACGGAACGGUGAUGCUGUCCACCACGGAGGGCAAGGCCAAGCGGGAAUUGGUGGUGACGCCCCUCCAGGCGUCGAUCCUGCUGCUCUUCAACCAGAAGGACGCCUGGGCGCUCAACGAGAUCAAGGCCGUCCUGUGGCCCGGCGACCAGUCCCGGGCCAAGCUGCGGGCGUCGCGCUCGUCCGAGUACGACAUCAACCUCAUGGAGAUUCUCAAGGCCGCCAUUCAGCCUCUGGCCUGCUGGAGCUUCACAGCACUCGAGCGCUCCACACAGAGUCCCGCAGAAGUUCAAACCGAGGCGGAGAAAUCGGCGAAGGGCGGCGAGAGCGAAGUCGAUGCGGAGUCCAGCGCUGAAAAGAUCAACGACGACGACGUGUUCACUGUCAAGAUCGACCUCAAGAAGAAGCGGCGCGUUGCCUUCCCCGCCGGAAGCGCCAAGCAGGAAUCCAAGCAGGCCAAGCAGGAUCAGGUGGCCGUCGUGAAGCAGCGAGCGUUCGAGGUGGAUGCGGCCAUGGUCCGCGUGCUCAAGUCUCGAAACGUGCUCUCGUGGACCGAGCUUCAGCUUCAGGUGGUGGACAUCCUAAAGGUGAGGUUCCUGCCACAGGCGAAGCUGCUCAAGGCGCGCCUGGAGUCGCUGAUCGAGCGAGGCUUCCUCGACCGCGACGCCAACGACCGCACACUCCUCAAAUACAUCGCCUGA